AUGUCUCAGCCUUCGCUGCCACCGAUGUCUACAAUGUCUGGUCAUUCGCAGCACAAGUCGUCCCCCCUUUACGAGAGACCACGCAUUCCGUACGGAACGCCGACUUUGCGGCCAGAGUUUGGCGGUCCGUUGCGGCCACGGAUUAGUCAGCCACAGCAUCCACACCAACAACAACAACAGCAGACAUUAGCGCCAAUGACAUCACACCAAUCGACGCUGCAUUACGCGAUCGGAACCGUUGGAAUGCCCUCCUAUUGUUCGCAACGGCCGCCGCAGUUGUCUCUUUCGCAACCGAUGCCGACCACAACCUCCGUCACCACCUCUACCUCAGGCGUCGCACAACUGAGUCCACGAAGUGUUCACAACAACACCCAAAUGCAUCCACAGAUGACACACAAUCUAUACAUGCCAUCCAUGGCAUCGAUGCCGCCACCGAUGUCACAGCCGUCGGGCGCCGACAAUCACCAGAAGCGGGUGACUGUAGAGGCGAAACAAUUGGUCGGCAUUCGGGAUAAGAUUAAACAAAACAGCCAUACGAUCGACACGAGUAGUCAGCUGCCGAUGGGUAUGCGUCCGUCCAUUGAUCCCAAUCGCUACCACCGCGCGUCCAGUGGCUAUAAUCCACAGAUGAUGGAGAAAGAGGUGGAACAACUGUUGGCGCCGCGACCCCAGCAUCACAGCCAAGAACAUCGACCGCUGGCCGCCUUUGGCUCCCAAAUGGCCAAUCAGUACAACGUGUCCAUCAAUAAUAGCACAAACGCCAGGCCAUUGACCGCAAAUAAUGGUCAAAUUCUGCACCAUUUACUCACACCCGACACACCAAUGGCUCCCAAUAGUAGUCACCUGAAUGUCAUUAAUGAGAGAGAAUUUAACGCCGCCUCCGAUCUUGGGUCACAAAUGAGACCAAACUCGCGAUCGGCGACCAAUACACCCACCGGACAGUCGAAGUCAGUUCCUAAGGAUAUACUGACCGCUGCGAUGGAAGAGAUCGAAAUCAACGAAGUGUACGACGAGGCCAUCAUUCUGGACACCGAGUCCAGCGAUGGCGACUCGAUUGUGGCCAACAGUCAA